CGUUAGUCAGACACUUAAGCCAAACGCAUCCUCCUUCUAUCUCUCUUCCCUGCUUCAAUUUGUUGUACGUAGCGUUCAUCUUCUUCGAUUAUUCCCCCAAAAACGCAAAUAAAUUUCGGAGAAUCAUCUUCGUGUUGAAUCUGGAAGUAGAAAUAUCUCCGUUAAUUUGCAUGUAAACCGAUUUCAGCAACCCUAGGUUUUUAUGAACAAAAGAUGGAAUUUGAACUGUUCACUGACUGCGCCGAGGAUGAUUAUGCUUUUGGAGCUGAAGUUAUGGAUAAUGAGCCUCUUGUUUAUGAUGGUGAUGAAGGUCAAAGAUGUGGGAUUUGCAUGGAUGUUGUUGUUGACAGAGGAGUUUUAGAUUGCUGUCAGCACUGGUUCUGUUUUUCAUGCAUUGACAACUGGGCUAGUAUCACCAACCUUUGUCCACUUUGCCAGAAUGAAUUUCAGUUGAUUACUUGUGUUCCUGUAUAUGAUACUAUUGGAAGCAUUCAACCUGAUGAUGAUGGUUCAUAUUCAAGGGAUGAGGACUGGUGCGUUGAAGGAAAGAGUAACACUCUUUCUUUUCCAUCAUACUAUAUUGAUGAAAAUGCAGUCAGCUGUUUGGAAGGAGACAGCUGCAAAAUUCGAGGCCAAUCAGCAAAUGUUGAAGAAGAUCCAAACCUUGAUACAUCAAUCGCUUGUGAUUCAUGUGAUCUGUGGUAUCAUGCUAUAUGUGUUGGAUUUGAUCCGGAAGGGAGUUGCGAGAGUUCAUGGCUGUGCCCAAGGUGUUCAGUUGAUGAAACAUUACAAAAAUUGGAAGUGGGACCAAGCAACAACUAUGGUCGAGAAAGUUCCAGCCUUGAGCAUUUAGCAAAUGUUACUUUCCCCAUGAACGUGUCUGUAUCUGUGGCUGAUGCAGGAGAGACAGCUGUUGUUGUCUCAAUCAUUGAUGGAAAUCAACAGACCCAAGUACCCAGUGAAAACAUGCUGUCAAGCGUAACUAUGAGCAAGGACUUAAAAAUCGGGAAUCAAGAGAAAGAAGAAACGAAUCAGAUAGUUUUGCCAGGUUCAGAUGUUUGUGAAGACAUGGGGAUUGAAAAAACUUCCAGUAAUGAGAAUUGCAAAUUGGAAAAACAGUUGGCUGAGAAAAUUAUCAAGAAACCAAAGAUAGAGGCAGUGGAACUAGAUCUUCCUUUAUCACAAGUGACAGCCUCUACAUUGGUUUCAGAAUCCUCUCAGCUCUCUGGGUUAAGCAGAAACUUCAAAGAAGAAGGGAGUGAACCAAGUGUCAUUGAUGGAUUGAGAACUCCUGGAUUGUAUGAUGAAUACUGCAAUAACAAAUCUCUUGAAUCUGGUUCCCAUAUUGCUUCAUCUGUGGACCCUCUGUCUGAUGAAUACAAAACAACUGGAGAAGUGGAAGAGAAGAAUGUUUCUAGAGAAUGUAGGCUACCAGCUGACAAAAACCCUGACAAGAAGGAAAAAGCUGGUGGAAUUACAGGUGCAAAAAGAAAGCAAAGAGAUUACAGUGCCAAGGAAGGGGAAACCAAAGCGAAGAUGCAGAACAGUAAGUCUGCAAAGAUUGUCAAAACAGAGAGAAGUCGAGUUGCUCAAUUUGUUCAUGAAGCCAAUGAAUCUGUUCCCGAUGGCUCUAAAAAUUUGAAUACUGCUAGUUGUGGAGGCAGCAUUGUGAGGAAGCGAAAGAUCGGCACUGAUAUAAGAGAUAUAGUUCAGGGGACAUACCACAGAUCUGCAAAUCGACUUGCAAAUCUUGCUGAUAAGUCUUCUGAAGACAAAGAAACCUCAUCUGGGUUGAGGAUAAAAAAGAUAGUGAGAAGAGCAACCGAGGAUAAAGAGUCGUCGGUGGUAGUUCAGAGUUUGAGGAAAGAAAUUAGAGAUGCUAUACGUAACAGAUCAUCUAAAGAGCUCGGAGAAAAUCUUUUUGAUCCAAAGCUUUUGUCUGCAUUCAGAACUGCUUUGGCAGGGCAAACAACUGAAACAAAUAGACCACCACCCUUGGAUGUGAAAGCCAAGAAGGCCUUGUUGCAGAAGGGAACUGUACGUGAGAAUCUAACCAAAAAAAUUUAUGGAAUUGGUGGAAAGCGAAAACGAGCAUGGACCCGUGAUUGUGAGAUUGAAUUUUGGAAGCACCGUUGCUCGAAAGUAUCAAAGCCUGAAAAAAUUGAAACGUUGAAAUCUGUUCUUGAUCUCCUAAGAAAGGGCCCUGAGGUCAUGGAGAUCAAAAAAGAAAGUAUCAUAGAGGCCCCUACUUCCAUUCUUUCAAGGUUGUAUGUUGCAGAUGCAUCUGUUUUUCCAAGGAAGAAUGAUAUCAAACCUCUUUCGGCCCUGGAAGCUCCAAUACUCUCUGCAGGUGAUUCUUGCAGUAAACCUGCAGAAAUAAUCAAGUCUUCUGUGCAACCAACUGAUGGUUUGGUUGAUGGUAAGGAGACCAAGAUUAUUGUUCCAGGCAAAAAGGAUGAACCGGCUACCAGGAAAGUAAAUCCAAAAAAGAGCUCAGACCGGUCAUCCAAAUCUGUAGGUGGUUCCUCUAAGAAUACCCAGAAGGAAUCAAGUAGUGGAUCAAAUAACAUCAAAGUUGACAAAAAGAAAUGGGCUCUGGAAGUUCUUGCAAGGAAGACUGCUGUCUCAGGCAACAAUUCCUCACAGGGACAAGAUAAUGCGGUACUUAAAGGAAAUUAUCCUCUACUGGCUAAACUGCCUGCAGAUAUGCGGCCAAUUUUGGCACCUAGUCGGCAUAACAAAAUCCCAAUUUCAAUUAGGCAGGCUCAACUUUACCGCCUCACGGAGCAUUUUUUGAAAAAAACAAACUUGCCAGUCAGUCGCCCGACUGCAGAAAUAGAGUUGGCUGUUGCAGACGCCAUCAAUGUUGAAAAAUCAGUUGCUGAUAGAUCAAACAGCAAGCUAGUAUAUGUCAAUUUGUGUUCACAGGAGUUACUAAACCGAUCAGAUAAUAUGGAUUCUACUAUAGGCCCCGACUUAAAACCUACAGCUGUCCUUGAUGACAACUCAGAAACAGCUACCAAUGAUGUUCCCACCAGUGCUGAUGUGGAUGAAGCACUUAGAAAUGCUGGUCUCUUGUCUGACUCUCCUCCAGAUAGUCCAUAUCAUAUAAAAGGGGAUACAAAAGAAGAUGGUCCUGAUAAUGUCUUCGAAAUAGAUUCUCAACCAGAACUUGAUAUAUAUGGCGAUUUUGAGUAUGAUCUGGAGGACGAUGACUUUGUUGGUGCUGGUGCAAUUAAAACCUCCAAGCUUCAAGAAGUUGAUACAAAAAUAAAAAUGGUUUUCUCUACAUUCGAGUCUGAUAGGUCAGAUAGUGCUUGGCGUUCUGAGGAUCUUGAAGCACCUAUAGUGGUGGAAAACUCGAAUGAAGACAACACGAAAGAAAAAAGCCCUUGUAUAAGCUCACUACCUGCAGGUGAAGAGGAAAUUCUUGGUGAAUGUGAAGAAUUAUAUGGCCCUGAUAAAGAACCUCUCGUUAACAAGUACCCAGCAAUAAAGUCGCUUGAUUUAAUAACUGAAAACAAUGUUGCAGAAGUAAAAGACGACCUAGGACCAAACCUAGCAGCCGAGGCAUCUGAACUACCUAAUGGGAAUUGUUCAGACAAUUCAGCAGUCCCAGCUAUAGUCAGCCACUCAUCUGGUGGGACAGAUUUGCCCCCCAAGCCUCUAGAAACUGUACAAACAAAGGAAAAGAAAUCACAUGCCGACAAGAAGCAACAGUCUGAUAAAUGCAGUUCUGUGUUUAAGAAGGUUGAAGCAUACAUUAAAGAGCACAUCAGACCAUUGUGCAAGAGUGGGGUGAUCACAGUUGACCAAUACAGAUGGGCUGUCGGGAAAACAACUGACAAAAUCAUGAAGUACCAUUCCAAAGAUACCAACGCCAAUUUCCUCAUUAAGGAAGGGGAGAAAGUUAAGAAACUUGCACAACAGUAUGUUGAAGCCGCCCAAAAGGUAGAAAAUAACAAAUAGAAUCCAUAAGAUUUCUGAAGAAGUCCGUAUCCGCUCUUGUUCCAGUGCCAAUGAUUAGAAAAGCACUUGCAUCAGUUUCGGGUUCCAAAAUUUCUGAAGAAUGUGUAUGACAAAAUCUUGUCCAGCAGGCUGCCCGAAAGGUAAAAAAUUACGACAGUCAAGAUUAAAAAAAAAUGUGUUUGCUAAAGAUUUCUGAAAACAGUGUGCUCACUCUUGCUCGUCUUUCGAGCUUCAAAAGUCUUACGAUUAAAUCUUGUUGAGGCUACCCAAAAGUAGAAUAUAACAAUAAACUGUACGGUUUCUAAAGAACUUAAUCUUCGUUCUUGUUUCAGUUUUGGGUUCAGUAGCAGAAGAAACAGGAGCAAAUGAUUGAAAGGGAAUUAGAGGUAUGUGUUGACUGAGAUGUAAUUAUUACACGAAAAACACAUACUGUAUAUGACUCCUUCCCUUCUGGAAAAUACCUUUUUCUGUUUCAAAAAACAGUACUAUAAAAUGAAAACUAUUUCGAUUUU